CAUGAGCUAGAAAAGAGCGGACGUUGGACUUUGUGAUGGCGCUAAUUUUAAAAUAUCAUUUUUUUCUUAUAAUUUUACAUAAAUAGUUACAGUUGCUUGUGUAAUUUGGCUAAUUAUUUUGUAACAUUUCUCUCUACGAUGUUAUUAUUGUCAAAUGGUUCAGCAAGAGUUAUUAAAAUAUUUAUAUCUAUCACUAUUAAUCGUGACACUCUUUAAAUAACCUAGCAAAUUGUAGUAAAAUAUGAAAAAAAGGUUAAGUUCUUGCUAGAAUAUGUCAAAAAAUUAUUCAGAAAAACUCGAAAAUUCUUCAGGAAACAGUUUUCUUACAGUGAAUACUUAUUAUAAAAUCGACGAAGCGUGGAAUGAUUUGGCCAGCAUUUCUGUUGAUCCUCCGGAAGCAAGAGACAAAUGUCAACAAUGCAAAAGACCUGUACAAGUAUGCUGGUGUCCAGGUUUACCUAAACAGCGCCUUAAUCCAGCAUCAAGAAUAAUAAUUUUGCAGCACCCAGCAGAAGCGAAGCGUUGUUUGCGUACAGUGCCAAUGCUUGCAUUAGCAUUGGAAUCAGGAAAGUGCCUAAUUUACAGAGGAAAGAAAUUUCCAUUGCCUAAGCACGAAGGUCUAACAGAGAUUUUAAAUGAUAAGAAUACCGUUUUGUUAUAUCCAUCGCCUGGAGCAGUUACAUUGGAUACACUUGAUCCAGUUGGGAUUAAUGAACAAAAGGCAUAUAAUAUAGUUCUGCUGGAUGGAACAUGGCCACAAGCAAAAGCGAUAUAUCACUCGAGCCCAGCCUUGUAUUAUCUACGAACUUGUAAGCUAAUUGGCGUACCCACUAGUCAAUAUGUAAUCAGGACGCAACCGACAGAAGGUUGCCUCUCAACGUUAGAAACAGGUGCAAAUGCGCUCUCAAUUUUAGAAGGUGAUCCCGAAUUGAGAGAAAAGAUGCUGAGUCCAUUACAUUAUUUAUGUAGGUUUCAGUUAGAAAACGGAGCCGUGACACAUCAGAGCAAAGAAUUUCUUAUCAAACAAAAAUCUUAUCCUAAACUAAUCGGUAAAAGACUAGCCAAGCAAUUACGCAUAUUACCGGAUAAUGAUACUUCGUAACAAAAAGAUGUGUUUUUGAGAAUUAGAUAGAUGAAUAUCCCAAAUAAACUUAAGAUAAAGUUUUACUACGAUUAUUUUCGAAAAGAUAAUACAAUCAAACAUUUAAAUACAA